AUGAAGUGCUACCCGUACUGGAGCCUGUACUUUGCCACCAACAAGGACUUCCUCGCCCCCUGCCGUAUGCUCCUGUUGCAAAAAGAAGCCAAACAGUGUCCCCUGGAGCCUGUGAGCGUGCUGACCACCCUGGAGCGGAGGUUCAACCUGCAGAGCGCCGACGUGGGGGUCAUCGCCAGCAGCUUCGAGAUCGGCAACCUGGCGCUCAUCCUCUUCGUGAGCUACUUCGGGGCGCGCGGGCACCGGCCGCGCCUCAUCGGCUGCGGGGGCAUCGUCAUGGCGCUGGGCGCGCUGCUGUCCGCGCUGCCCGAGUUCCUGACCCACCAGUACAAGUACGAGGCCGGCGAGAUCCGCUGGGCCGCCGAGGGCCGCGACGUGUGCGCCGCCAACGGCUCGGCCGGCGACCAGGGGCCCGACCCAGACCUCAUCUGCCGCAGCCGGACCGCCACCAACAUGAUGUACCUGCUGCUGAUUGGCGCCCAGGUGCUCCUGGGCAUCGGUGCUACGCCCGUGCAGCCGCUGGGCGUCUCCUACAUCGACGACCACGUGCGCAGGAAGGACUCCUCUCUCUACAUAGGAAUCCUGUUCACGAUGCUGGUGUUCGGACCAGCCUGUGGAUUUAUCCUGGGCUCUUUCUGUACCAAAAUCUAUGUGGAUGCUGUCUUCAUUGACACAAGCAACCUGGACAUCACUCCGGACGACCCCCGCUGGAUCGGAGCCUGGUGGGGCGGCUUUCUGCUCUGCGGUGCCUUACUCUUCUUCUCUUCCCUCUUGAUGUUCGGGUUUCCACAGUCUCUGCCCCCACACUCAGACCCCGCCAUGGAGAGCGAGCAGGCCAUGCUCCCCGAAAGAGAGUACGAGAGACCCAAGCCCAGCAACGGGGUCCUGAGGCACCCCCUGGAGCCAGACAGCAGUGCCUCCUGCUUCCAGCAGCUGAGAGUGAUCCCCAAGGUCACCAAGCACCUGCUGUCAAACCCGGUGUUCACCUGCAUCAUCCUGGCCGCCUGCAUGGAGAUCGCCGUGGUGGCCGGCUUCGCUGCCUUCUUGGGGAAGUACCUGGAGCAGCAGUUCAACCUCACCACCUCUUCUGCCAACCAGCUGCUCGGGAUGACUGCAAUUCCCUGCGCCUGCCUGGGCAUCUUCCUGGGCGGCCUCCUGGUGAAGAAGCUCAGCCUGUCUGCCCUGGGGGCCAUCCGGAUGGCCAUGCUCGUCAACCUGGUGUCCACAGCUUGCUACGUCUCCUUUCUCUUCCUGGGCUGUGACACGGGCCCCGUGGCUGGGGUGACUGUUCCCUACGGAAACAUCUCAGCGUCCGGCUCGGCUCUGGACCCCUACUCACCUUGCAAUAAAAACUGUGAAUGCCAAACCGAUUCCUUCACCCCAGUGUGUGGAGCAGAUGGCAUCACCUACCUGUCUGCCUGCUUUGCCGGCUGCAACAGCACGAAUCUCACGGGCUGCGCGUGCCUCACGACCGUCCCGCCCAAGAACGCCACCGUGGUUCCCGGAAAAUGCCCCAGCCCCGGAUGCCAAGAGGCCUUCCUCACCUUCCUGUGUGUGAUGUGUGUCUGCAGCAUGAUCGGGGCCAUGGCACAGACGCCCUCGGUCAUCAUCCUUAUCAGGACAGUCAACCCUGAACUAAAGUCUUAUGCCCUGGGAGUUCUGUUUCUCCUCCUUCGUUUGUUGGGUGAGUAUCACUAUGUAUUCGAUUCUAUUCUACCCUAUUCUAUUCUAUUCUACCCUAUUCUAUUCUAUUUAUUCUAUUUUUAUUUAUUAUUAGGCAGGCAGGCAACGAGCUAGAUAGUGACCGAAGUA